AGCUGAUGAGAACCACGUGUCCCAGCAUGCAGUUGGCUGUAUUGUGAGUGCUGCAGCCAGGGAGGUACAGGAUCUGGUCUUUGUGUUCACAGGAAGAACUAAGAACCAUGGAGGAGAAUUUCCUGCUCCUUGACUCUCUGGGUAAUUACUCGGCCGUUCCUGAUAGCAUGGCGAAACAAGAAUCCGUGAGAGAGCCGGGAGCUUGUGGUGCAAAGAAGAAACGGGAAGGUUCUGAAACCAGAAACUCAGGAUUUGACCUCUUUAACCCUGAUCAUUGUGACGCUACUCCUGAAGUCAUAGUCAAGGUUGAAGCAGAAGAAGAGCCCUGUUUGUGGGGUUCAGAGAUGAAUGGAGACAGGGAAAUCCCGCCUGCUACAAGCACUGGAUUCUCUAUACCUGGAAGGAGACCACACAGAGAUGUUCCACACAGAACAGGUCACAGAGAAGGAGCCCCGGUCCAAGAGAGAGAGCGGCAGAGAAAUGUCAAAUUCAGCGAGGAGGAAAAUGAUAUACUUAUAAAGAAGAUUUCUGAAAACUAUGAGAAAAUUUUAGGAAAGUUAACCACAAGAACUUCUACUUCUGAAAAAAAAGCAAUUUGGAGAGAUAUAGCUGCGUGUGUGAACAGUGUGUCUGCUUAUUCACGGACCACCAUGCAAUGUAAGAAGAGAUACGCAGACAUCAAGAAGAAAGUAAAAGAGAAAAUGGCUAAGCAGUCUAGGCACCAGAGUGGGGCAGGAAGUGGCACUCGUGGGGCUGUGUCCUUCUGGCCGUAUGAAAAGUACCUAAUGAGUCUUAUCUCAUGUGAGCCAGUGCUUGGUCUCCAGAGGAUGACGGAACCUGGCCAUGUGAAUAACGAGGGUGGUAUAGUUUCUCAGUUAAGGCCGUGUUGGCGUGACAUUGGAAAUUCUUCAGGUUCUGCUCAAACUUUGCCAGCAUCGGAGGACCAAAUGGAUGAAGAAUGUUUGGAAAUAGCAGAGGACAGUGUGCUGGGUGGAGGAGAGAAGGUUAUGACUUUGAGUGAUGUCACUCCAGAAUUUGAGGAUGACAGCCAAGAAAGUGACAACAUACAGAUCUUGCAGGGGGGGACACCUCCCCUUGUUACCACUACACCUCAAUCCACUGUGUGUGACCAUUCCACCCCUCACAGAGAGCACAUGUUAUUUGAGCGCUCAGUCCAUAAGAAAUUAAAUCACCUUUCUGCGUGUAUUAAAACCCAAACAUCAGUCUUGAGGCAAACAAAUACAAUUUUGCAGAAUCUGUCCUCGAGUGUGCAGAAUGGCUUCCAGCAGCUGGUCAAUGUGAUCCAACAGGCAAUCACUGUCAUGAGUCCAGGUUACCAGUCCUCUCCUCAACCCACCAGCCAAAUCACUGCAACCACAACAACUGAAACCAGGGUCCACAAUGUGUCAUCCCGCGGCAGCCAUGGAAGGCGCGGGCUUCCCAUCCGCGGUAGAGUGUCCCGAGGACAUUGUCCCUAUAUCACUUCCCCUCCAGCAAAGAAAAGUAGAGGAAGGCCAUGAGAUUGCUUCUAGAUGAAACUUUGUAGCAAUCAUUAAACUAUGUUUUCCUUUUAAAUA